CCUAGAGGCGGGGCGGAGGCGGCAGCGGCGCUCCUUGGAGCCGACCUCUGUUCCGGCCCAACAAACAGACCCCGCUGGGCGGCGGUGGCGGUGAGUGGGGCGUUGUGUCGCGGAUUCUCCCGAAGGGCGGCAGUGGAGCACGGAGAAGGACGGUGGGCUACAUUCAGGGCCUUGUGGUGGCUUCUCAGUGCUCCUGGAGCCUGGGGCUGAUGACGUGAAGGGGAAGUAGUGGAAGAAAUAAACUAAGCGGACCGUGAAUUUCCUAUGAAUCGUUUGUCCUUAGGAUACUGAGCAUUUGAUAUUGAAUACAUCAUUCACCAACUAUCAUGGAGCCUAGAUAUCCUCUUACAGGGCCCCAGAUGAAUACCAGGUUUCCUACAAGCAGAAUGGUACCUUUCUACUUUCCUCCAUCAAAAUGUGCACUUUGGAACCCGAUGCCAAUAGGAGAUUUCAUCUAUUUACACCUCAAUUACUACAGAAAUCCAAAGCUUGUGGUAACUGAAAAGACCAUCCGACUUGCUUAUCGUCAUGCUAAGCAGAAUAAAAAAAACCUGCCAUGCUUUUUACUUGGUUCUCUCAUAGUAGAUGAAGAUGAAGAAAGUGUGACAUUGACAGUAGAUCGUUUUGAUCCUGGUCGAGAAGUACCUGAAUGUUUAGAAAGAACCCCUACUGCUGCUCUUCCUGGGGACUUUGUGAUUCCUUGCAAAAUUUAUACUCAUGGAGUUUGUUCAAAAGAAGUAAUAGUUCAUGAUGCAGAUGACUUCAGUUCAGCUUUUAAGGCUCUGCAGCACCAUGUAUGUAGCAAAGAUUCCUUGGAUUGUGGUAAACUGCUUUCCCUAAGAGCUCAUAUCACUUCCAGGGAAAGUUUGGACAAUGUGGAUUUGGACUUGCAUUGGGCAGCAGUAACUCUAGCGCAUACUUUUAAAUGCACACCUGUGAAGCCCAUCCCUAUUAUUCCAACAGCCCUGGCAAGAAACUUGAGCAGUAAUCUGAAUAUUUCUCAAGUUCAAGGUACCUAUAAAUAUGGAUAUCUUACCAUGGAUGAAACACGCAAAUUAUUACUUUUGCUGGAAUCAGAUCCCAAGAUUUGCUCUCUACCAUUAGUGGGAAUUUGGCUGUCUGGAAUUAUACAUAUUUAUAGUCCUCAGGUGUGGGCUUGCUGCUUACGAUACAUGUUCAGUUCUUCUAUUCAAGAAAGGGUUUUUUCAGAAUCUGGAAAUUUCAUUAUAGUUCUCUAUUCUGUGACACAUAAGGAUCCUGAGUUUUAUGAAUGCCUCCCCUGUGAUGGCAGGUCAUCUGACCUUCAGUUCCAGCUACUAACCAGCAAGGAAACAUUACAUCUUUUCAAAAAUGUUGAACCUUCUGAUAAAAAGUCAAUCCAUUUUGAACUGACUGCUGAAAGCCAAAAUGCAGAAACAGAGUUUUUCAACAAAGUUUCCAAGAAUCUUUCAAUUAAAAGGUCUUCCCAAAAGUUAUCUCCAGGGAAAAUGCCAAUAAAUGAUCAUGACUCUGGUGUUGAAGAUGAAGAUUUUUCUCCAAGACCAAUUCCUAGUCCUCAUCCUGUGAGUCAGAAGGUUUCUAAGAUCCAACCAUCAGUUCCUGAACUUUCGCUUGUGUUGGAUGGCAAUUUCUUAGAAUCAAAUCCUCUCCCUAAGCCAUUGGAAAUGGUGAAUAAUGAAAACCCUUCUUUGUUGAUUAACCACUCUGAACACUUGGAUCCAUUGCAACCCCAGCUUUACGAUGACGAACACAGCCUAGAAGCUAAAGCUGGAGAGCCUUCCUUGAGAGGGUUACCAAAUCAGUUAACCCAGAGCACUGUUCCUUUAAGACAUGGCAAAGUAAGACAAUCAUCUACCUGUAAAAAAGGGAACCCCCAUAACAGGAACAGUGGUAAACCAUCUUCUCUUAAUGGGCCAUCUCCUGAUACAAAUUUACACAAAGAAGAAUAUCUUAUAGGAUCCUCCACAUGUAAUUCCAAGCAGUCUUCUCUUGCCUCACAGUCCCACCCACACAAUUUUGUUUUUUCAUCCUGUAAUUCAGGAAGACCAAUGGAACUUCAGAUACCUACUCCACCACCACCAUCUUACUAUUCUACAAAUGUCUGCAGUUGUUGUCAGCAUCAUGGCCAUAUUCAGUAUAGUCCAGUAAAUUCUUGGCAAGGAAUGAAUACCGUAGGGUCCAUUCAAGAUCUCCAGUCUGAAGCCCUUCACAAACAUUCGUUAUUUCACCCAGGUGGAUGUCCAGUUCUGUACUCUAAUGCAUUCUGUGCUUCAAGUAGUCCUAUAGCCUUGAGACCCCAGGGAAGCACGGGUGGUUGCCCUCCCCACAGCACUGUAGAACCAUCGCCUGUGGCAAGACUGCCUUCACACGUGGACGCAUGUAACUCACGGCCCUGUGCAGUGUGCACACACACACCCAAGACCGGGCCAGAUAAUGGAAUGAUGGGACUGUCUCCGGAUGCAUAUAGGUUCCUCACAGAACAGGACAGACAGCUGAGACUGCUUCAGGCACAGAUUCAGCGUUUAUUGGAGGCACAGUCUCUGCAGCCCUGUUCCCCUAAGACAACCUCUGUUGAAAACACGGCACAAGCAGCAAGACAGAUGGAGCUGGUUUCCAUGGAAGCACAGUCUUCUCCUGGCUUGCACAUGAGAAAAAGUGUGAGCAUUGCUGUGAGCACAGGUGCCAGCUUGUUUUGGAAUGCAGCAGGCGAUGGUCAAGAGCCUGAAUCUCAGCUGAGGCAAGAUGAUACAAAGAUUUCCAGUGAGGACAUGAAUUUUUCUGUUGAUAUUAAUAAUGGAGUCACAAGUCCUCCAGGUAGUGCAUCUUCAUUAAAAGCAGUUGAUAUUCCCAGCUUUGAAGAGAGCAACAUUGCUGCGGAAGAAGAAUUUAAUCAGCCACUUUCUGUAUCCAACUCUUCUCCAGGUGUGAGAAAAGAACCUGAUGUGCCCGUGUUCCUUGCAAAUUCUGUGCCAGCAGAGAGUAUAAGCAUGUGCUUACAGAGUGGACCAACAGAGGGUGCUAGUAACAACCCUGUAACAUCAGGUGAACCCAAAACUGAGCAAGCGAUACAACCCUUGCCUCCUCAACCAUCAGACAGGCAGAAAAUAUACCAGGAUUUAUUGAGUCAAGUGAACCACCUACUGAAUAGCUCCUCCAAAGAAACUGAGCAGCCGUCCACCAAAGCAGUAAUUAUCAGCCAUGAAUGUACCAGAACACAAAAUGUUUACCAUACAAAGAAAAAAAAACGUGAUUCAGGGCCAGCAGACAAAGAUUGUGUUCUUAAUGCAACCCUUAAACAACUAAGAAACCUUGGAGUAAAAAUUGAUUCUCCCACUAAAGUGAAUAAAAAUGCACAUAAAGUGGAUCAUGCCAGUGUGUUGGCAUGCAUCAGCCCCGAAGCAGUGAUUUCUGGAUUAAACUACAUGUCAUUUGCUAAUGUUGGUAUGAGUGGCUUAAGCCCCAACGGCGUGGAUUUGAGCAUGGAGGCGAAUGCUAUAGCUCUGAAAUAUUUAAAUGAAAAUCAGCUGUCACAACUAUCCCUCAGUCGAUCAAACCAAAAUAACUGUGACUCAUCUUUUAGUCUUCUACAUAUUAAUACAGACAGAAGCACAGUGGGGCUUAGUUUAAUUUCACCAAACAACAUGUCAUUUGCAACCAAAAAAUAUAUGAAGCGAUACGGACUCAUUCAAAGCAGUGACAACAGUGAAGAUGAAGAGGAGCCUCCAAACCAUACAGAGGGCAAGAGUGAACAUUUACUGAAUCAAAACCUUACAUCCACACCUGAGCAACUAGACUGUCAGACAGAGCCCUCUAGGAACACCUGUGAAAUAACUAAUUGUCACAACUGUGAACCCGUGAGCACCCACACAGAUAUGCCAGUACUGAGAAAUAUUACAAAUGAAGUUGUGCGGCCAAAAGCAAUGCAGCAAUUGAAUGAAAACCCAGCUUUCUUAUUAAAAAACUUUAAACCAAGUCCUGCAGUGAACCUCCGAACUGGAAAAGCAGAGUUUACCCAACAUCCUGAGAAAGAAAAUGAAAGGGACUCUCCAAUUCUUCCUGAAAGUUUCAAACCUGAAACUUUAAAGCAGAUGAACAGUAUGAAUUCAGUAGGCACCUUCUUAGAUGUAAAGCGGCUCAGACAGUUGCCAAAACUAUUUUGAACCUUAAACUCACCACCCUCCUGAUGUGAGGAUGGGGUGUCUCCCAAAGAGACUUAGGGAAGCCAGAGCCGCUUGGUGGUUUGGGGAUCCCUAAGCAUUCUCAGGGCCGCUCUGUUUCUUGGCAGCAGCUGAUGGCAAAGAGCCGAACAAGCAACCUGAUGGUCUGGGAGAUGGCUGACUGGUGGGAGGUGAGGUUCUCUGUUCAAAUAGAGCCGUUCAGCAUCACUGCGACUUUUUUAAAAAAAAUCCCGAGACCAGUCAUUUAAACAAAUUUACGUACACAGGUAGUAUCCAGCUCUAAAUCUGAACUGUUCUUUGUGAAAAGUAAGUCCAUUUUCCUAGCAUGUUGCAUCUCUGCGUCUACCCACUAUCACCUAAAAGAACAUGAGAUAGACUUAUCAUGACCCUCACUAAAUUAACUAAACCCACCCUUAUUGAAUUUAAGGGGAAAGUUUUAUUUUUAAAAAUAACUUGAAGAUGUUUUACACAAGUAUAUAUGUUCUCUUAAUUAGGAUGCAUAUUUGUCGAAUUCUGUGGAAGUAAAACUCUUGCAGUCUGGUAGGUUGAUGUUAUGUAACAUUUUCAACAUUAUAGCACUAGCUAUCACAAAAUAAGAAAAUUACUGAGUAUGAGUGUGUUUUACAGACUUUGAGUAUUUCACGUGUUUUAA